AUGGGUAGAAUUUUGGUCAGAUCACUAUUACAUAGUUUCUUUAAGGGAAAAGGAUUUUAUAGUAUAAGAACGGCAAAGCAAACAACUUCAAAGAACCGAACGCGAAAUUUAUCUGUUUCAGAUCAGAGUUUGAGACAAUCCCGUUUACUCACGAAGUUAAACACGUCUCCUCAUAAGAGAAUACGCAGCGUCAUAAAAACUGAAAUGCCCAAAUCCAAAUCUGGGUUUUAUGCGGUUCACGUUGGUCGCUUACCGGGAGUUUAUCUAUCCUGGGAAGAAUGUGAGAAACAUAUCAAGAAUUUUCCCAAUGCAAAAUAUAAAAAGUUUACGACUCUCCAAGAAGCUGAAACGUUUGUGAAAGAAGGAUUUAAAAAACAAGAAGAAAUCUCACGUAAAACGUCUAGACAAAAAAAACAAAAGGAAAGUACCUCUAUCCCAUCAACUUUACAUUCGCAAACAUAUAACCUUGGCAACAGAAAAUCUCUCAAAGUUUGGACUGACGGAAGUGCACGUUCUAACGGAAAGGAUGAGGCAAGGGCUGGUGUGGGAGUUUAUUGGGGUGAAAAUGAUCCUCGUAAUGUCAGCGAACGAUUACCGGGUCCCAGACAAACUAAUAAUCGAGCCGAAAUUAUGGCAGUAAUACGUGCUUUAGAAACUUGCCCGGACAAUAAUGUACCAUUGGAAAUAAGAACAGACAGCAAAUAUACAAUCAAUGCAUAUACUUCCUGGAUACCUAGAUGGGAAAAGGAUAAUAAAUGGAAGACGGCAAAUAAUAAAGAUGUUGAAAAUAAAGAACUUUUUCAACGAUUAGUAAAAUUAACGAGAGCACGGCAUGCUGGCGUUUUAGGAAACGAAGAGGCCGAUCGAUUAGCAAACUUGGGAGCUAUGAUGGAUGCUGUCGAUGAACAUUACGAUUACGGAGUAGAUAACAAGAAAAAAUUAAAAGUAUCUGCUGAAGAUAAUGAUUAUUCAUGUCUGGAAAAUGUAGAUGACAUUCUUUUUAAUGAGUUGGAUUACAUCAAAAAUAUACCAGGUUUUAGUCACCCUUUAACGAAAGAUGACUUUUUUUCUCCUGAGGAUAAAAUCGAAAUGGAGAAAGAAACAGGAUUGAAAUUUGUAUAA